AUGAGGUGGCUUUCGAACAACGUCACUUUCAACUACUCCUGGGAGGAGGUGUCCAUCGCCAACUGGCAAAAGUAUGGCCCCUGGAACAACAACUCGACACACGUCAUCGCCGUCGAUACCCUAUCGCGAAGCGUUGAUGAGAAGACGGGCAUCCUCCGCACCGAACGCCUCAUCACCUGCAAACAGACCGCGCCCGAGUGGCUCAAGGGCCUGAUGGGAAACAAUAUGGAAAUUUCCCACGUCUACGAGGCCUCCUACGUCAACCCCGAGGAUCGCACCGUCACCAUGGUCUCGCAAAACCUGACGUGGUCUAACCUCGUCAGUGUCCAGGAGACCGUGGUUUACAAGCCGCUCUGCGAUAAGAAGACCUCCUUUGAGCAGACUGCCAAGAUCACCGCUCUCUGUGGCGGCUGGCAGAGGAUCAAGAACAGCAUCGAGGAUUCCCUCGUCAAGCGCUUCAUGGAGAAUGCCCACAAGGGCCGCGAAGGCUUCGAGGCUGUCCUUGAGAUGAGCAGGCGAGCCUUUGCCGAGGAACGCGAAAAGGAGAAGAUGAAGAUGCAACUCCGGCUUCCUAUGGCCGCGUAA